UGGCAAUCUUAGUGGUAUAAAACCUAGCUCCUUGCAUCCAUCAGCACAGUUUGUGCCUAACCGGAGCAAACAUCACUUAGUUAAUAUAUUUAUUAAUUUAUAAAUAUGAAACUGUUCAUUGUUGCCGCCGUUCUUGGUGUCUGCUCAGCAGCCCGCUUAGACAACGCCUACCUUCCUCCUAGAGGAGGAGAUGGUGCAGGCUAUGGUGCCACAGGUUCCGGUUUCCGAGGAUCCAGUUUCGGUUCCGGCGGUAGUGGAUUCGGCUCCGGCGGUGGAUUCAGCUCUGGAAAUGGUGGUUUCGGAGCUGGAAAUGCAGGUUUCGGAGCCGGAAGCGGUUUCGGAGCGGGAGGCGCAGGCGGUUUUGGAAAUGGAGGUGCUGGUGGUUACAACGCGGGUGGUGUAGGUGGUGGCAGGCAAUCUGCUGACGCCAGUGCUCAAAUUCUGAAACUUAACAGUGAUGUCACCGCCGAAGGCUUUUCUUACGAAUAUGAAACCUCAAACGGAAUCAGAGCUGAUGCUUCCGGUGUAGCCACCAACGGAGUCCAGUCCCAGGGUAGCUUCUCCUACAAGGGCGAUGACGGUCAGGACUACAGCAUCACAUACACCGCUGAUGAGAACGGCUACCAACCCCGUGGUGCUCAUCUCCCUACCCCUCCCCCAAUUCCAGAAGAGAUUCUAAAGAGCUUGGAGCAGAACGCCAGAGAUGAAGCCGCCGGCAUUGUUGAUGAUGGUCAAUACCGCGGUGAAGGUGCUGAUGCUGGUCGUGGAGGAUAUGGUGCUCAAGGAUCCGGCUAUGCCAGCCAGGGAUCCGGUUAUGCCAGCCAGGGAUCCGGUUUCGGUGGCCAAGGAUCCGGGUUUGGAAGUCAAGGAUCCGGUGGACGUGGUUCCAGCUUCGGCGGUCAGGGAUCCGGGUAUAACGGGCAAAGUAGCUUCGGCAGUCGUGGUUCAGGAUUUGGCGGACAAAGUUCCAGUUUUGGAACUCCUUCCAGGCAAUACCUGACCCCCAACGCUGGACGUGGAUCCGGAAACGGAAACUUCAACGCUCAAUCUGGAUACCGUUACUAAACGCAUCCUUCAUUUUGCUUUUAACCACCGAAUUAUCUAAUUUUUGAAGUUACCAGCUAUGACUUUGAUGACGUAGUUUAACUUUACAAAAAAAAACAGUAUAAAUUAUUAGACCACUAUUUCGACUAAAGCCUAAAUACACAAAUAUCACUAGAAUGUUAGAAUUUCUAAAAUCUUCUCUUAAAAAGAGAUGGCUGUAGUUUUGAAAGCACCUUACGUUUUUUUGGAAAAUAGUUUUGUUUGCUUGUUUUUUUUUAAGUUUUAAUAAUUAAACUAAAGUCAUCAUUGUUGAGCCCGUUUGUACUCCUAAUAAGCUGUGAACCAUUUAUGUGAUUUGCUUUGAUUUCGCCAAAACCAACUUAUUAACUCAAAACUUUCUUAUAUUAGCUUCUAUACAAAAUUGUGUUAUCUGUGGUGAAAUCAAGUAGUCCUAUGAACUUCGUCUAUAUUCCCAUCCCUUUUCCUCUUCAUUAAUGAUCUCAACCAUAACAUCUUCCCUCUCUCUUUUAAUUGCUUAGAAAUAAGUAUAGAUUACUUGGCAAUGUAAAUGGACAGUACUAGGUUUAAGCAUGACGAUGGAUUACAAAUAAAAUAUAGCUUUUAAUUGUAAAUAUGAUAUAAAUAAAUGUUUUAUAGCAA